AUGCCUGAUGUAUUGUUCCAAACUGAUCACCAACCUUUGAUUCAUAUUUUCAAAAAACCUAUUUACAAAAUAACCAACAACAGGUUGAAAAAAAUGAGACUCAAAUUACUCAGAUUCCAACCUAAAGUUGAGUAUUUACCGGGUAAAUAUAUGCAUAUAGCUGAUUUACUGUCUAGAAAUUGCCUGGAAGAUCCUGUAGAGGAUGAUCCAGAAAUGGUUGAGGUUGUACAUGAGGUGACAAAAUAUAUUGACAUGUCACUCAAUGUCAAGGCUGAUCUGGUGAGAGAAACAGCAAACGACCCAGGUUUGUCAGCUGUGAUGCAAUAUUACCAGGAAGGUUGGCCUAAAAAUAACAAAGAUAUUGUUAAUGAGGCAAAACCAUAUUGGAAACUGAGAAUGGAUAUCUUUGUAGAAGAUAAAUUGGUAAUUCUGGAAGAUAGAAUAAUCAUUCCGGUAUCGCUCAGGAAAAAAGUUUUGAAAAAUUUACAUACCGCUCACUUGGGUGUUGAGAAAACCAAAAGUAGAGCCAGGCAAUCUGUGUAUUGGCCAGGUAUGUCAAAUGACAUAACCACAUUUAUAAAAGAAUGUCGGACAUGUGAAAGACAUAGUGCCAAAAAUAAACAUGAGCCACUAAUUCCACAUGACAUUCCGCAAUUGAGGUUCCAGAAAAUAGGAAUUGAUAUAUUACAUUUUAAUUCCAAAGAUUUUUUGGUUGUUGAGGACUACUUGUCAAAAUGGUUAGAAAUAAAACCACUGUCAAGUAAAAGUAGUAAAGCUGUAAUAGAUGCACUGAGAUCUAUUUUCUCUACUCAUGGUAAUCCACAAAUAAUAUUUGGUGAUAAUAAUCCGCUCAAUUCACAUGAGUGUCAUGAGUUUGCAAAAAGCAUGGGGAGUGUGAUUAAAACCAGUUCACCUGAAUAUGCUAGAAGCAAUGGACUGGCUGAAAAAGGAGUUCAUAUUGCUAAACAAAUGCUUAAAAAAUGCAGUGAUUCUGGUACGCAUAUUCUGGAUGCUCUCAAGGAGUAUAAUAAUACACCUUUAACGGGUAUGAAUGUGUCUCCAGCUGAAAUACUUAUGAGUAGAAAGUGUCGUACUUUAGUCCCAAUACUAAACAAAAAUCUCGAACCAAAAGUUGUAAAGGUUAAGCAAGUGCUGGAAAGAUUGCAAGAUAAAGUAAAAUCUCAACAUGACUUGCAUGCUAACCGUAAACCUGUACACUUUUCGCAAGGUGACAGUGUGGUUGUCAGACGAGGAAAGAAAUGGCAGAAAGGGAAUAUAGUUCGUAAACUUUCUGGUAACAGAAGUUACGUAGUUGAACUAUUAGGGGGAGGUCAGUUACGCAGAAAUACGUGGCAUUUGAAACAUUCUAGUACCAAACCGGACAGAGUUGAUGCUAGAGAAAAUAAAGAAAUUGAUGCUGAUGCAAUUCUCGCCAAUAUUAGAGCUGGUGAAAAGAAAGUGACCAUUAACCCUAACCCUACUGUUCGUGCUGUUUCUGUUCCAGCAGCUCAAGGAUUGAUGACAUUUGAGUCACGACAAACAACAAGAUUUGGUCGGAAGAUCCUAAAACCACAUCGUUAUGAUGGGAGCUGUUAA